UGGGCUCAGCUGUUUGUGUCGCGUCGCGUCGCGUCAUCGCGUUUCGUUUACCUCGCUUGCGGUUUCCAUGUCGGCGUGUUUUUGGGCCUUCGUGUCGUCGUUACCGUCGGAAUAGUCAGUAGAAUUAUCACCAUGGUGCCCAAUUGCACGGUUGAACUCAACAAGUUGAUGAACGAGUUGGAAAUAAGCGAACUGGAGGCUCCGACUGGAGUUAUAACCGCACAAGCCUAUAUGCGACUGCUGGCUGUCUACCUCCAUCAGAAUGAUCUGUGCAACGCGAAGUACCUCUGGAAGCGAAUCCCUCCGGACAUGAAGACCGCCCACGAAGAGCUCGGACGGGUAUGGACGGUAGGGCAAUCCAUGUGGCAACGCAACUGGCCCGCGGUCCACGCGGCCCUAAACGUGGAAUGGAGUGAAGACAUCAAAGACGUUAUGACAGUCCUCAAAGACAAUGUACGAGAACGAGUGAUGAGGCUGAUAUCGAAGGCGUACUCCUCCCUGAACCUGGCGACCAUGGCGACGAUGAGCGGUAUGUCGUUGGACGAGGCGCGACAAGCCGCCAUCGACAGAGGCUGGAACGUAGACGGCACCAUAGUGCAACCGCGCAAACAGAUCGACGAGGAACAGUACGAUGAAUCGGACAAGAUCUGCCUGACGGAGGACCAGCUGCAGAAGCUCACGCAAUUCGUGUCCUUCCUGGAAAAUUGAGAGAGCUUCGCCGUUCCCCGAUCCUCGUGACAAUUUCCUCUCAUAAUCGCUCGUUACUUUCGAAGGGAUAUGGGCGUUUGCAGGAUUCAGGAAAAGGAACAGCCCCGUUUUUGCCACACUACCACCGUUGCUGCAAUUACACACCACCAUACUAUAAUUAUUCAAUAAAUUACAAUUACGCCGUCACACUCUGGGAGUUUGUAGAAAUAAUCGCGCGGUGGUUACGAGAGCGGAUCGCGCGCGGAAAAUAGCGGAUCCAGGCGUGAUAAAAAGGAUAAUAAACGUCCCGUUCAUAGCGCAACGAUAUCACUUUCGUCUCGCCUCGACGCGAGAUCACGCGCGUCAAUCGCAGCGGGCGGCGAUAUAGCGGCGAUUCGACUUUUAUUUUUUCUCGCCGCGAAGCGUAAAAAUUGAGCGCCCGAACGCCGCCUAAGGUGUAUACCUAGACACUAAUUCCUUACGUAAUCCGAGUGUGAAAUAUUUGUCCACGAUCGCGUCGUAUGAUAAUCCCGUCGUAAAGCGCGUCGACAGCGAGAAAAUCGCGGAGGAAGAAAUCAAAGGCAUGCUGUCGUUAUAACCAUUUUUUUAAAUAGACUUUAUACUGUAUAUGUUAUUACAAAUAUUUACAAAUAGAGACUGUAUAUCAUUAUAAUUUAUUGUAGUAUAAUUUUUUGGCUUAUCUUUAAAACAGACCGUUCUCUCUUAUAAUUUUAUUUAAUUAAACCAUGGAAAGAAUAUGAAAGGAACAGAUAAAAACGGGAAAAAUAAAUCUGAAAAAUUGAAUACUCUGUCAAUGAAUAAUCUAUAUAAAUGCAACUCUAAACAAUGCCGUGUUUAAUAGUCAAACUAAGA